GGGGGGGGCUGUACCCUCAACAAAUUUUUAUUUAGAAAUUUUCUUUAAGGAACCACUUUGUAAGAAACCUACAUGUAAAAGGUUGAAAAAAUAGAAAACAAUUAGUACUAGAGACAAAAUCCUUGAGAAACUCGAAGUUUUAUUUCUACAAUUCGAUCAAAAAUGGUCCAAAAGUAAAGGAUUUCAAGAACUUGGCCUUGAGCUAGGUUCCUUACAUGAAAAGCAUUUGAAACGGUUUUGAAAAUUAUUGUGCUGAGGGAAAUUAAAAAGAUGCUCUUUUCAUCCAUGGGCACGUCGGCAGUCACUUGUUUUUGUUCCACAAGUGGAGGAGAGUGACAGCACCACAGGAUUUAGAGAUCCACUCUACCAGGCAUCUGCCAACCACAACAACAGCAUCAGUUUCCUGUUCUUGUUAAGCCGAUAGACCCUCUUUCUUUAGAACCAUAGUCACAAAUCUUGCAAGUAUGGAGCCCCCAGAUGUUGAUGCAUUUGAAAUUCUAGAGAAUGUAAAUGUGAAAGUUGGAACUUGCUCUAUUGAAAAGCUUAUGGGCAUCUUGAAUCCAUGCAUGAGGAAAUUCUAUAUGAAAUACAGAGAAGAUCCAAAUAUAGACUGUAUGACAAAUUUUAACAGUAUGAGGAGUUGUGUUGAGAAUGAAGUGAAGCAGUGUUUUACAGGAACUGAUGCUGAUGAUGAAACAAUUGCCUCAGUUUCACAAGCCAUUGUCAUGGAAAGUUUACCAGAAGAAGACGCAACUAAAUUUUGUGAAAGAAGUGGUAUUGAGCCACCCGUAGAGCCAGGCAGUGACCAGGUUGUCUACUGCAGCAAAGAUUACUACAAUGAAAGCGAAAUCUUGACCAAUGAAUUUAACACUUUGUUUGCAAAAGACCGUGGAAAUCCAUCCUUAUGCAGGCUAUAUGAAGAAUUUGGCAAAAACUUUCUAGAGCUCACCAAAGCAAAAUGCCGUCCGAGUUUUUAUCGUUUUGUGCAAAAACAAAUGCGCUGGGCUGAAUCGAAAUCUUUAAAUCCAUUUUGCAGCGAGGACCAAAUUAAAGAAAAUAGCUAGAUAAUAAGCAGUCGGUAACACUGGCUGGUGGUGGAUGAUGCACCAUUACCGAAGAGCUAAACAAAGAAUCACGGAACGUUAUGAAAAUGAUGUGCUGAGAAAAUGAAAUGGAGAUUUUCUAUACCAAUUGAAACUGGCUCGAAAAUUCCCAUGUUCCUGGCAGAAGAAUAUUCUGAGUUUGUUCACUGAUGGAAAUGUACGUGUUAGCCGUAGUGCGUGAGAAAAAUUUAAUUUACCGAAGGUUGACUUGCGGCAAGAUUUUGUUCCGUGUGUUUUGCUCAGUGUCUUCUUUUCCGAACGUGUGCUGUGUAGGGGCAGCAAUAAAGGGAACCUAAAGUUCUCUUUUUCGCCACUCCUUUACAGUAGGCUUUCAGAAAUGAGGCCUAUGAACAAAACUAAGAACGAUAACAGGUAGGAAGUUCAAAAGAAAGGAGUCUUUUGUGAACUGCUUCUCAUAUCAAGAGCUGGUCUCGAUUAUUUAUCGUUAGCUGUAUAAUAUAUGGAAACCGCCAAAGGUCUUAAAUAUUGAAUUCAUGGCUAACAGAAAUUUAUUAUAUCUCUGUCCAUGUGUUGAGAUAAAAACAUGAAGAUAAAUUUAUUAUUAUUUUAUCUUCUUCAGAACUAGCCUCCUUAUUGUUUAAGUCGAAAGUUUUAUGUUUUUUAUUGUAAUGAAUGAAUCAGUGCUAUCAUUUUAUGAGCCGAAGUUUCAUAAGAUAUUGCUUGGUCACGAUAAGAGUUAAAAACACAGUACAUGUUAUAAGCGCCAUGUAUAUUCCAAACAGUUGAAAGUUUGAGAUGCCCCCGGUGAACAAUACAUUAAAUGGAUGUUUCAAACGUGUUUUAAGUAUUUAUGACAGGGAUUCACAAUAUUGCAUCAGUUUCAGUCCUUAUUCCGCGAGCUUUUUGACAGUUCAAAACGGGGGUGGUUGUUUCGCCCAUUUGAUGUCUUUCUUAUAUUUGCCCCCUUACAGGUACAUUGGUCAAGGAGCCCUUUGCAAUUAAUUUCCUUUCGUUGCUUGAUUGAAAUCUCUAAUUUUUAUAUAUAUUUUUGUCAGAGGUCCUUGUUUUGAUGCUCUUUUUAUUCUUAGGUGAGUUAUAUUUUCAUUAAAUUUUUUAAUUUUCUAAUUCACAAUUAUUAAUAUAUUUAGCGUGAAAUCAAUUGCCUAAUAAGAUUAAUAAUUCAUUGAAACAAAAUUCAAAUUUUGAUUGUCUUGGCAUAUUUAUUUCAUUAUUUUCGUAUCAGUUAGACACACUCAAGAAUACAAUCCUGUUUCGGUAUUGAGUUAAACUACCCAGAAUCCUUUUCUUGGCGUGAUAUCAACUCAGGUCUCAAUCUGCCAAUGGAAAUACAUAGAAUGAAGGCUGCUCUUACUGAUUGGAAAUCAUUUCUUCGAUUUUUCAAACUCUUCAGAUAUUCCUUAGGGUCAUCUUAUUUCGGUCUUGAUUGACCUAUUGAAAUGAAUAUACUAAAAUGCGUACGGUACAAUAUGAUGCUAUAAUAACGACCAAUGUAAGUAAAUUGUACCUGAUUCUCAUGUCUACGUUAAGAACCAAGAAAAGUUUUAAAUUUUUUUAGAUUUUGAAAGUACCCGAAAAAAGAUAGGGGAGAAAAAUAAAUGAAACACGGAUUAAUAAAAAACAUUAACGUUAAAAUAUCAACAGAAAAACUAUCAACUAGAAUGAAAAGUUAAGCAAUUUUGUACAGUUAAGAUAUAGCUUUGUAACAUCUUAUCUUGAUUUUUUCGAAAAUUAAGUGCUUUAACCAAAAUUUGAAAAACCUUACUGGGCUUGUCAAAAUGAGUUUAAAUAGAAUUUAUAAUUGCGUCGAUAUUUUCUCUUUUUCUUAAUAGAAAUUGAUUUUCCAAACGAACAAACUCUGUGAAGUUUUCUUGAUGAUACUUUUUAAAAACAAAUCUGCCCAUACAGUGGCGUACCCAGAGCUGCAGCAGCGGCGGGGUCUAAGGCGGAGCCCCCCUAGAUUUUUUGGACCACGCCCUUCAAACAUUCGCAAAUGCGGGGAAACGCCCUUUUUACAGAAUUUUCCACCAUUAUUUGAUUCAUGUUAGCUACGGUUAAUAGCAAAGUAUUUUACAAUUGUUAUUGACACAAGCAUACAGUAUACUACACCCCCCCCCCCAAUGAGUUUUACAUCGUUUUUGGACAAAUUUCGAGGAUCAUAUUUAGAAAAGUGGGGGGGGGGGUCCGGACCCCUCUAUUCCCCCCCUUGGGUACGUCACUGUGCCCAUACUUUAUUUCUCAUAUCAUCAAAAAAGUACUUUCCAGCUGUUUCUUUGACAAAUAGACCUUGUGUCCCAAGUUUAGGCAAUGGAAAAACCAAACUCGAUCUAUUUGCUUAGCCAAGCUGUUACUCGUUGUAAAACUUAGACAAUGACCGAUUUCUUCGAUCUAAAUCCCAUCUUCAAUUUUUUGUAUGUCUUAUAUGGUUAAGACAUAGAUAUGGUUAAGACAUAGCAACCAAGGUAAAGCUAAGGACACAUUUAAAAGAAUACUAGGCAAAGUUUCUUACAGAAUCAUAUACUACAUUUAUUUUCACUUUUGCCUAAAAUUUUUCUUUAGCUCUGCAGAAAAAUGGGGGCAUGGCCCCCCGGCCCCCUGGUUUCGCCGGCCCUGAUAUCAUCGCAUGAGUAAGUGACUCUGUCCCGCAUGAAGCCUUUACAAUUUUGCGCUGACUCAUAAACAUAUGAAUCAGGCCAAAAACAGUAGCUCAUUAGCUCAAAACUCAAGUCUUUUACUUCCCUAUGUCCAAUAAAGUAGCCUGCAGUUCCAGAUUUAAUUAAUUUUUUCCUAUGUUGUCAAAUUUUAGAAAGCAUUGAAAAAUUUUAUGAGGUCAUCAAUUUUCCAAGCUGCUUGCUUUGAGAAGUCAUAUCUCCUUUUUUCCGAUUUUGCAUAAAAAGCACAAUACUAUCCCGAUGAGACGUUUUCAUGUUUGCAUUCCUUUAUGAUUUCAUCAUUCUUUAAAGAGGAAGAUAGUGCUUGUGGUCCUGAACAUUUUUAGAAAGAGCAAUAAAAUGCGGAAGUGUUUUGAUAUCGCCUUACAUCAUUUUCGCAAAUAGCAAUGUGCAAUGAAACAGUGUCUAUACUGUAAUUUUACAUGCUGCAUGUUAUCAUGUUGACGCUCAUUCAUUUUGGCAGUUAUCACCAAUUUUUGUUUACUUUUUGUCAUGAGCGAGCGCGACUGUUUCCUUGUUCAUGUUUCGAGUGGGGAUUCCCUGACAUAUGAUUUAUCUCAUUGUGGAGAUAAAGUUUCCUAGAAUCGUCAAAAUAAGUAUCCAGGGCCGUUGCAAACUAAAGCGUAUUGGUCAUAUCCAAACAGUGUUGCAUUGCUACCACAAUAGAGAAUUGAAAAGGGCGAGGGCAUAAUAUACCAGCUCCUUUUCUCUUAGCUUUCGCUAGGUUUUGUUUGGACUGUCACAAGACAAUCUGGAAAAAAUACAUUGUUCAAUGUGUCAGAAAGGUUUAAAGUAUAAUAAUCUAAGUAAAACCUAACCCAGAAGUAAUCAUUUUGCACAAUUUGCAAUCACAUUUCACAGUGUGGGCUCUUGGUUCUUUUUAAUAGUUGUUAAUGAUUCGGAAAUAUUCCCUUUGGCCCCUUCUCAUUUAAUGCAUUAAUGUACCGCUCCAAUAUUACACUUCAGCCCCAAACUUUUUUGCAAAGAAAAGGUUUUAUAAAAAAAUAGAAAAAAUGAAAAGAGGAAGAAGAAUAACGCAAUAGGUCCUUUUUUUAAUUUUUCUCCAAAGGAUCGGGUUUUACCCUUCUUGGGCCUCAAAGUUUAGGAAGGCUCGUAAAGUAAUGAAUUCCAUUUUAAGAACUGAAUUUGUCAAACCUUACAAAGUACGCCGUGAAAGUAUUUAAACAAAAAGUUUUCAAAAUUUAUAGUUCUUUUCCUCCUUUAUAUUCCCCGUCUAUUCUUGUGUUUUUGAAUUUGAAUACGGUGAAAAAGAACACACAUUCAGAAGCCAUAUUCAGAAAAUUAUUAAAUAUUCAGAUAUCAUUUUUGAUUUCUGUACCACAAAAUAAUUGUUUGAAAAUGUAUUUUAAGCUAACCUAGAGAGAGUCGCCACGAAAAUUUUCCGCUUGCCUCGCUCGCAGGAGGCACCAAAAACUCCAAAAUCUCUCGGCAGCACUGCCAACGUGUCGAUAGCAUAAACGAGUACCCAAUCACAGAGAUGUAUUUUUAUGCGUUUUUUAAAGGCUAGUAUUUCAAAAGUUGUCAAAUAUUACUGUCAACUCGAGCCAUGCCCCCUACUUUAGUUUUUCGACACCGUCCUUGUAAAUUUCUUCAAAGUUCAUUCGAUUGAACUAGUGUUUAUUGAAGCGACUUCUGUUUCUAUAAACUUUAUUCAAAGAGAAAGUUCUAUAUCAAUAUCAAUCCUCGAUAUUGGUAAGCCACUUAAAACUAAAAGCAAAGCUUGAACUUUAGCAACAAUAUGACUUUCUAUCGAUAUAUGAGAUUUUUGAGUAACCAUUCUGUAUUUGACUCUCACCAGUCACAUAUUGUUUUGGAAAUGAAGAGCAAGAGAAGCUCAGAAUCCCAUCAGAAUCCUAGAUUUUUGAUAAUAUCGAGACUCAGCAAAGAUUCAAGGUAUAAACAAGUGUAUACAUUAAGUACAAAAAUUUACGGUGUGACAAACUUUUGGACAAUCUUUGUUCGAAAAUUUCUUUAGAAUUAUCCGAAAAUUUGUUACGUCGAAUAUUUUUAAUGAGCCACGCAAGCGCAAUGUAUACUGACUGAUGCAAAGCCAUCAGUGUCUGCAUAUUUUAAAAUCUGAAAAUCUUAAAGCAUGAGUGUCUGAAAAUGUUUCUGAAAACAUUCGUUCUUCAAAGCUAAUAGGACCAUCAGUUCUUUCUCAUGGUCUAUCAAAAAUUCACUCUCACAACCUUCUUCUUCUUUCUCCAUCUUAUCUGAAUCAACAGUAUCAAUGCCUUUGAGAAAUGACUGAUCAUAACUUCAGCCAGAAGCGGACCUGAGGCCAUAAUGGAUCUACAGAACCUAAGCCUCCCUCUAUAUGGAGAAAAUGCUAUAGUUAGGUUUAUAAACUAUGUAACAGUUUGUUGUUUUGAAUUAAACAUCCAAAGAUUGGUCAAAAUUUGUCCGAAAAUCUAUUUGUCCGAAAUUUCAAAAAUAGUUGUUCAAAAAUCGUGUCAAAAGUUCGUUUUCAAUUUGAGUAGCUGUGAAAUCUCGUUUCCAGGGCAGCAAAAGAUUUCAGCAAAACCUCCAGUUCUCAUCACCAUUUGCUUGUUUGCUAAUUUUUGAAUAAACAGGGAAAUCCAUUGCCGCUAAACAUCUGCCAGUUUAGAGCGGUGAGAAGAAACACUGCUCUUGCCGUUAGCGCAUUUUUUCGUUUUGAACGAUUGAUAAAAUAACUUCUGUUUCCCCCAAGCUUGUUAGCUUGGAGAGUAAGCAGAAUUGAAGUUGCAAUUGCCGCUAAAGCGCUUUUUAGCAUGUAGAGGGGAACAGAAUAACUAUUAUUGCAGCUAAAAUGCUUUAGAACGAUGCGCAGAAAAACUUGUUUUGCCAAAGAAACGCCUUCCAGUUCAGAGCGAUGCGCAAGAAAAUUAAAAUCUUUUGACUUGGUUUCCUAAAAAGUAUACGGUUCCCAAUUCCGAGAAACUUCCAGGAAUCUUUGCAACUAAAAAGUCUUUUCUAUUAAAGUGAAAAAAAUUCAUAUAAGUUUCAUCAUUUAAUGCUUAGAUGCUCAUUAAAAUUUAAAGCAGUGCAGCGAUCCUACAAUAAAGCUUUGAUUUUGCAAACUUGAUAAUGAAAACUGUUUGCAUUACUUGAUGGCAAGAAAAAGCUUGCCUAUAAGACUAUUUUUUGCUUAGAUACUAGAUGGUGUGUCUCAAGAAUCGAGUUUGGGACCCAUGCCAUUCAUUGAGAAUUUCUUAUGUUCCCUUGUUGACUGCAAUAGGGAUUCUAUGAGACACAAAUGAAUGUAGUAUAUUGUGCGACGUGACUAGCACAAACAGACCGAAAAUUCCUCUGAAAAAACUCUACUUUUUGUGGUAGGAUUCCAUCUGUAAAUCGGAAUCCUGUAUAUAGCUGACUUCGAUUUCAAUCAAUACAAUUUGUUUACAUGCUCGUAUACAGGGCGAUAUAGUACAGGUAGGGUAGCUUUUAUCUUAGAAGCCGUUUUCAUUCUCUCUAUUAUGUUUUUCAUUCAAACAAAUUACAUCCAUGGUCUCUUGAGUUGACAGACAUUGAUUGUAGCAUUGCAGUAUGUAUCUUGUUGCAGUGAGUAGCACUUCCCUCAAAGGUUUUUACCUUGACAACACCCUUACGUCAUUUACAGCUAACAAAUCAUACUGUCUUUUUCUUAACUCAGUUUAACAAGCACACAACUUGAAUCUUACUGGACUCUGUUAUUGCAGUGUGCCAAAUGCUCUAUACGUCAUAAAAAAAUACUAGAACAAAUGCAAUCAAGCUUCAAUAAAUAGUCUUUCUUCUACCAUGGUUGAUUGCUCUUAUUAUUUCAUUAGCUGUUUUGUCUUUCUUUGAGCAUUCGCACCCGUCUACAUUUUGACGUCAUUUCGUUGCGCAAUCUUCUUUAUUCAAACUCUAUUCGAGGAUUUGCUUAUUCUUCUAAUUUUGGUUGCUGAUAAGGAAGAUGUCUUCAAACAUUACUAUUUAUAUUAACAAGUGGGUGUAUGGAAUUUCCCCGUGUUUCCUUAAUUAACGCAGGGUCAUUAAUUGCUGUCAGCGCUAAAUAUUCAUACGUGUAGUGGUUAGGGUAAACAUAGUUGGUUUUGUUGGCCCAGCUUUGCAUUAAAGUUUUCUAAAACACUUGAAGCCUCCAAGAUUUGUUCAGCGAGUAAACAAAUAAUUUUGCCUGCUACACAAGCUCACGAAAAGCUUUGCAUGCAAAUCCAAGUUAUCGUGUUUGAUCUUCGAAUUUGACCUUCUUUGCUAGUGACCAUGUUUUCUUGGCAUCUGCUCCGACAGAAGGGGAAGAUUUAAAAAGGGCACAAACAGUACUUUGACAUCAUAUUCAACACCCUCUAAUGCAGCUUACAGUGCAAGCGCUGCGCAGACAGCAAAAUCUGCUGAUUUGACGUACUUUCAUAAACCGUACUCAAAAAUCAGCCAUUAAGGACAAAGACAUUCGAUUACGUAGGUUUUUAAGCUGAUACGCAGACAAAGCGCUUUUUACUGCCCACAACGGAAAUAAAUACAAUUUUCAUAGUUUAUUGCAUCGCUUUCUGGCAAUCCUUGCUUUUGUCUAUUAAAAUCGAAUCCAAAAUUAAUCCAUCGUUAUCGUCGCCUUGACAGUAAGAAUUUUCUCAAUAAGAUUUUUAAGUAACGACGGGAGUAGUGGAGCUUUUGCAAGACAGCCCUAGGACGGAAUGUUCUGAUCUACACCGAUUUGAUUUUCUGUCCAUUUGAAUUUUAUAUAUAUGCAUAGUUGUCACAGAUAUCAGAAUUCAACAUAACUGGAAUUGCAUGCCACAUUCCCUCUUCUUGCAUCCAGCGCAUCCCAAACACCCCAUAUCCUCCAAAACAUUUUGCCAAAUCUUGGUUGCACUUUUACUGAAUCGCAAAAAUUCUUAAUAGAGAUUUCCAAUGAUUCUUAAUACAUGUUCAGGGCUUACCGAACCUUAGCGGACAUUACCAAAACAGGCAAAGGAUCUUUCGGACUUUCUAUUUUUCAUUAAGGGCGCCCUCGUAAUGGCUGCUGAGAUUGAUGAAAGCAAGAUCAAAUCUUGAUAAUAGGUUAUACGUUAAAGUGAAUUCAAAAUAACAAGGGGACUCUUGCUCAAAAUUUUGCAAAUAAACAGCAACAAAAGUAAUUAGUCACGGCUCGGCAUGAACAUAUGGGACCCAGCCCCCUGAGCCUCCCUUAGGACUACACCCCUGGUCUGAUUGGUUAACGAGGCACAUAUAAAAGAUAUACAUAAGCAGUCAGAAUUGCCUUGUGUGGCACCAGGGCUUGUCAAAGAACUCACAGUGUUUAUUUCCUAAAUAUCCAUUUCAUUACUAUAUUUUUGAAAGUUGAAAUUUUUAGUGUAAUCGUCCUGAUGUGUUUGAACUAUCUACAGUUCUUUCUGAGCUUCCUGAAUUAUGUUUUAUAGCAACAAUUGAAAUUCCUAGAACGUUCACACUAUAAUUCUUUCUUGAAACAUUUAUCAGAUUUCCGAUCGAUUGACCUGUUAUCCCCCGAAUUACAAUUUCAAGUAACUUUGGCCAGUAUAGAAGCAAGAAAUUACAAAUUUAUGAUAUUAUGGAAAAACACGUUUUGUCUUCCCGGCGCAAAGACAUAAAAUUUGAUCUAAUAACCGACAAAUUUUUACACAAUCUGAAAAACACAAUGACUUAAAUACACAUACAAAGCACAAAAUAUAUACAAUAAGAAUAAUAAUAAUUUACAAAAACUAAAAUUUAAUAUAUUUACAAAUACAUUAUACAUUGUCAUAAGCUUUAUAGAGUUUAAAUAUUAUUCCAUUUCAGAAACGACAGAAAAAUAUUUAUUUUUAUAGAAUUUCAUAACUAACUUAUUUGUUCAAUAAUUGGACUCGUAUAUCAUGUCACGCAUUAAAUAUAGCAAAAUAUUUUAAAAUUAAAACUAAAUGCAUUUGUUCAGAUAUGCUUAUUCGGAACUUAAAAAUAUUUGAUUAAAAUAGCCCUAUGCCUUAGGGUGCAAUAGAAAUAAACUAUUUGAAUUUGCACAAAAUUAAACAAAUAUUUUCUAAUAUAGUAACAUAUUUUCUGAUUCUGAAUAUUAUAAAAUACACCAUUCAAAAAUUAGCUGAUACACUACCUAAAAGAUCUGGAAAGUGAAGUUAGUAGGCAGUAUGAAGUCAUUUGCAAUCAAAAUCGAUUUUACGCUAAAAUAAUGUAAAAGAUUUUGUAGCCUAGUUAGUAGUGUCGGAGAACCUUCCACUGCGCAGCAUUUUCCCACAUGUUUUCUUUAGAAAUUUUGUAAAUAUAUAAGGUAUUGUUUAUGUGUCUUUAAUUACAGUUCUGUUUCUCUAGUUUUCGCAGCCAACACAAUCGUUGCUGAGGUAAUGUGUAAACGUGUUGAGCUAAUUGCCAUAUGACUAAUCCCAUUAACAUUAUUCUUAUUCCUGAUUGGUUGUUUAGGUGUAAUUUACUUAAUCCAAAGUUGUUAAUCAGUUGGAUUUGUUGUUGAUCGUAGUUGGUUGUUGAGUUGAUGUAGGAAAGAAUGCACGGUUUUAUCGAUUGAUAAUCUUACGGUUUACCCAGCCUGUUUAUUGAGUUUUUCUCUCAUUACGUGAUAAAGAAUCAAAGAAUGCAUGGGGUGGGAUUCACCUCAUAGUGGUCCACCGAGCUCGAUCGCGUAAGAAUGGCACAGGCUGAAGAUUUGAGUCGGAUGCGGAAAAGACGACGCACAAUUCGUGGAUUGGUAACGAAACUAUUCACAAAGAUUGACGAAGCCCUGGAGGAUGUAGACGGUGGAGAUUUGAGAAAGUUUAAACAAUUUGAGAUCGAUUUGAAGGAGAAGCAAGGCAAGUUGAAAGAGCUCGACGAGAAUAUUUUAGAAAGUUUGUACGAUGCCGAAGAAAAUGAUGAAACGUGCGAUGAAGAAGCUGAAAGUGCCAGCGAGAUUAUGGAGAAAGUAUUAUUCAGAUUGGUUUGCUUGGAGAAAGCAUUAGAUGACCGCUCCAGUUCAAAAGGAUCUACGUCGAUAGAACGAAGCGUUUCUCAAGAAAGUGUACUGUCUAGCGGAUCGAAGUUUGGCGAAGCUCACGCAGCUCAAGCUCUAAACAGCUACAAUGUCCGGGUGAAAUUGCCUAAAAUUAGCCUGCAGAAAUUUUCUGGAAGGGCUCAAGAUUGGCAGGAGUUCUGGGACUCCUUCAAAAGUGCAAUUCAUGAUUCGCCCGCAUUAGCGAAGGUUGACAAAUUCAAAUAUUUGAAGUCGUAUCUUGAGGAGCCAGUGCGGAAAGUCAUUGGAGGCUUGUCAUUAACGGACGCGGAUUACGAUUCUGCCAUAGACAUUUUAAAAAGUCGCUUUGCAAAGCCAACGGUGAUAAAGAGAGCCCAUAUAAAUGAGUUGCUAAACUUGUCGCCUGUUUUCAACGAGAAGAACACCCCAAGAAUGAGACAGCUGCACGAUGAUAUCGAGACCAAUUUUCGCAGCCUCGAGGCUCUGGGUGUUGAUCGUGAUUCCUAUUCAAGCAUUGUUGUUCCGGUUUUGUUGGAGAAGAUUCCAGAGGCUGUGCGGCUAAACAUGUUUAGAUUUGGUAGCAAUCAUUUAGAGUGGAGUAUAGGGGAUUUGUUACACGCGUUUGCUAAGGAGCUGGAGAUAAGAGAAAGCCACGUACCAGUGCUCAAAGGGAUUUCAUAUUCAGCAAAUCCACAACGCGGAGAUCGGCCUAGGCCGCAACAUCACACGGAGAGAGUCAGCACAGCAAGUGCGCUGUUCAUGGGAAAGGACAAUUGUAAUAAAUGCCAGUUCUGUCUAGAAUCGCACGAAGCUGCGAACUGUACGCGAUACGUACACCCUGAAGAACGUAAAAGUGUUUUAAUGAAAUUUUCCAGGUGUUUUUUGUGCCUUAAUAAAGGUCACAGGUCCUUUCAAUGUAAGAGUAAGUUUCGUUGUAGGUAUUGUAAAGGUAGACACCAUUAUUUGCUUUGCCAGGAUAAGGAACCCACCGUUAAGGAAGCCCAACCCAGCAGCAUGCCCCCACCUCUUAAUCCCAAUGCAUCUACUUGGGUAGGAUUAGGCACUACAAGUGCUAGUGGAGCUAAGGAAAGAGUGGCUUUGCAGACAGCACUAGCAGCAGUAGAAGGAAAAGAGGGGAGUAGAGUGAGAGUGCUGUAUGAUUCUGGGAGCCAAAAAACAUUUGUGACUGAGAAGACUGUUGCUAGGCUGAAAUUGAAGCCACUGAGGGAGGAGAAGCUUGGAGUCAAAACAUUUGGGAGUAGUGAGCCAGAAAUUGCGAUGAGAAAGGUGUAUGGUAUCCCAUUAGUUUCAUUGAGUGGUGGUAAGAGCAUUUUAAUUGAAGCCUUUAUGAUUGAUGAAAUCAGCACUGUUGCUAACUACCAUAUCGAUGUUAUUAAUAAUGCAUAUCCACAUUUGAUGAAUAUUGAGUUUUCAGAUUUUUCAGAUGAAGACUACCUUGAGAUCGAUGUCUUGAUCGGUGCCAACUACUUGUGGAGUUUUCAAGAUGGCCAUGUGAUAAGAGGGGGGCAAAAUCAGCCAGUGGCCAUAAAAACAGCUCUUGGUUGGGUAAUUUCUGGACCGUUAGAGGGUAAGAAUUCAGAUCAUUCUUCUUUUGUCAAUUCUGUUUGCCAUGUUAUUGAUCCCUUUCCAUUGCCUGACAAGAAUGCUUCUGAUGUUGAUAAAAAUAUGCAUAAACUUUGGGAUUUAGAUACCUUAGGCAUUCGUGUUGAAGAUGAAGUGCAUAAAUCUGUCAUUGACAAUAUAUCUUUCACAGGUACACGGUAUUCUGUUGGAUUACCUUGGAAAGUAGGGCAUGGUCCUGUGCCUGAUAAUUAUAAUAAUGCAUUUGUUAGGUUAAAGAGUCAGGUUAAGAAGUUGGAAAAAUCCCCACAGGUUUUAGAGGAGUAUCAUAACAUCAUAAAGGAACAGGAGAAAGCAGGUAUAAUUGAGCAGGUUUCUGGCUCUAAUUUAAGCUCUAAGGUGUCAUAUUUACCACAUCGUGCUGUCAUACGUAGUGAUGCAGAAACUACUAAAGUUAGAAUUGUGUAUGAUGCUUCAUGUUCUGAUCGGAAAACAGGUGUUUCGUUGAAUGAUUGCCUUCAUGUGGGACCCCCACUUACCCCUUUGAUGUUUGACAUGCUUAUUAGAUUCCGUGAAAAACCCAUUGUUUUAGUAGGGGACAUUGAGAAGGCAUUUUUGAACAUAGAGGUAGAUCCCAUAGAUCGUGAUGUCCUACGCUUUCUAUGGAUAAAGGAUAUUAAUGCUGAGAAUCCAGAAAUUGUCACCUACAGGUUUAACAGGGUUGUUUUUGGAGUGAAUUCGUCACCAUUUUUGUUAAAUGCUGUACUCCAAUUUCACAUAAAUAGGUACAGGGAAAUAGACCCUAAAUUUGGCGAAUGUAUGUCUAAGGGAUUCUUUGUAGAUGACCUUGUAACUACACACACUGACGUAAAUGAAGCCUUUUCGCUCUUUAUGAAAGCCAAGGAAAGAAUGAGCGAAGGUGGUUUCAAGCUCAGAAAGUGGAAAACAAAUGAUAGGUCACUUGCUUAUAAGAUUAAUGAAGAUGAGAUAGAAAGUAAGACAGGAACUAAGUUGGCCAGAAAUGAAGACAGUUCUAAAACUAAAGUUUUAGGUUUAGCAUGGGAUAAGGAUCAAGACUUACUUGAAUUUAAUCUUGACAAGGUUGCAGAAGGUGAAGGACAGGUUACCAAGAGGUAUAUAUUGAGUAGAAUAGCUGCUUUAUUUGAUCCCUUAGGUUUGAUCAGCCCAGUCACAGUGACAGCCAAAGUCCUUUUCCAGGAUUUAUGUCUUGAAAAGUUAGGAUGGGAUGACCCUUUACCUAAGGACAAGCUUUUAAGAUGGGAGAAGUGGUUGAAAGGUCUCAAAGACAUACAGGUCAUCACAACCCCACGGUGUAUGCUAGAUGGUUUAGAAGGUAAAAUCCUUAAGACAAGUUUGCACGGGUUUGGUGAUGCAAGUAAGAAGGCAUAUUGUGCUACUGUAUAUCUUGUGUGUGAGACAACGGAAGGCAUCUAUUCUAAACUCAUUAGUUCUAAGACAAGGAUAGCACCCCUUAAAAGUUUAACAAUCCCCAGGUUAGAACUGAUGGCUGCUAGAAUUCUGUUUAACCUAAUUGACACUGUUAAAAAGGCACUAAGUUCAGAUACCAAAAUUGAUGAGGUUAAGUACUGGACAGACAGUAUCGCUGUAUUGUAUUGGAUUCAAAAUAAGUGUGAUUGGAAGCCCUUUGUGCAACACAGGGUAAACGAAAUCCUUACGCAAUCUAGGAAGGAAGACUGGGGUCAUGUUGUAGGGCUUGAAAACCCAGCGGACAUAGGGUCAAGGGGAGCCUCUCCGAGUCAGCUUGUUGGAAAUAAUUUAUGGUGGGGAGGUCCUAAUUGGCUAAAGGGAGGAAAAGAAAGUUGGCCUCAGGCUCUUCCUGUAGAAGAAUCUAUUGAAGUAAAGGAGGAAAUGAAAGGGCAGGUUGUUUUAACAUCCACAGUAGAAUCUAUUAACACAGUUGGCUCAGUUAUUGAUAUUAACAGACAUAGUUCUUUGGGCAAACUACUUAGAGUUACUGCCUUUGUAAAGAGAUUUAUUUCAAAUUUAAAGAAAAAGAAAGAGGGGGCAGUAGUUAUCACAGAGAAUUUGGAUGCAGAAGAUAUUCAGAAUGCUGAGAAAGAAUGGAUUAAGGAUGCUCAAGUUUAUUUGAUGGGACAGUCUGAGUAUCUCAAGUAUAAAGAACAAUUGGGUGUAGUAAGUAAUGGGGAGUUUUUGGUAUGCCAGGGGAGAAUGGAAUUUUCUGAUUUAGUUGAAACAGCUAAGAAACCUAUUUUGUUACCCAAAGGGCACAAAUUUACUGAUUUUGUCAUUUCUGAUUGUCAUGAAAGGGUCCAUCAUUGUAAAGAGAAGUCUACACUUGCAGAGCUACGUACAAGGUUUUGGAUCCCUAAAGGUAGACAGUAUGUAAAAAGGGUAAUCAGAAAUUGCUUUAUCUGUAAAAGGUUGGAAGGUAGGCCAUUCAAUGCACCUCAAAUUGCUCCAUUGCCCAGCUUUAGGGUUACAGAGGCCCCACCCUUUAGCAGAAUUGGGGUUGAUUUUGCUGGUCCUUUGUUUUGCAAGACUUCAAAUAACAAGACCAUGAAGGUAUACAUUGUCUUGUAUACAUGUUGUGUAACACGCGCCAUUCACUUGGAUUUGGUACAUAGUCUAGAUGCAUUAACUUUUUUAAACUCUUUCAGGCGUUUUACUUCAAGGCGAGGUACACCAACUUUAGUUGUAUCAGACAAUGCAAAGAACUUUAAAGCUACCGCCUCAUUGUUGAGAAAAUUUUUUAUGAGUGACAGUGUAACUAACUUUAUGAGAUCAAGAAGAAUCUCAUGGAGAUUUAAUCUCCCAAGGUGCCCCUGGGCAGGGGGUAUGUUCGAGCGGAUGGUACAAAGUGUAAAAAGGUGUUUAAGAAAGGUCUUAGGAAAUGCAAGACUAACUUCUGAAGAGCUGCAUACAGUUAUUGUUGAGAUUGAAUGUACUCUCAAUUCCAGGCCACUCACUUACCAAUAUGAAACUGAGGAAGUGUUAACCCCAUCACAUUUAUUGUAUGGACAUAGGUUGUCACCUUUUGCCUUGCAAAUGUCUUUAGACAUUCCUAACUCUGAAAUUAAUAAUUCUAAACUAAUUAAACGGUUUUUAUUUCUGCAGAAGAAGCUUGCCCAUUUUUGGAAUCGAUGGAAAUCAGAGUAUCUUGCUGACUUAAGAGAACAGCAUAAGCUGAGCAAGACUUAUUCAAACUCUAUUUCAGAGGGUGAUUUUGUUCUAGUGCAGGAUGAGCAGACAAAGCGUGGACAAUGGAAAGAUUUUUCAGAUGAAGACUACCUUGAGAUUGAUGUCUUGAUCGGUGCCAACUACUUGUGGAGUUUUCAAGAUGGCCAUGUGAUAAGAGGGGGGCAAAAUCAGCCAGUGGCCAUAAAAACAGCUCUUGGUUGGGUAAUUUCUGGACCGUUAGAUGGUAAGAAUUCAGAUCAUUCUUCUUUUGUCAAUUCUGUUUGCCAUGUUAUUGAUCCCUUUCCAUUGCCUGACAAGAAUGCUUCUGAUGUUGAUAAAAAUAUGCAUAAACUUUGGGAUUUAGAUACCUUAGGCAUUCGUGUUGAAGAUGAAGUGCAUAAAUCUGUCAUUGACAAUAUAUCUUUCACAGGUACACGGUAUUCUGUUGGAUUACCUUGGAAAGUAGGGCAUGGUCCUGUGCCUGAUAAUUAUAAUAAUGCAUUUGUUAGGUUAAAGAGUCAGGUUAAGAAGUUGGAAAAAUCCCCACAGGUUUUAGAGGAGUAUCAUAACAUCAUAAAGGAACAGGAGAAAGCAGGUAUAAUUGAGCAGGUUUCUGGCUCUAAUUUAAGCUCUAAGGUGUCAUAUUUACCACAUCGUGCUGUCAUACGUAGUGAUGCAGAAACUACUAAAGUUAGAAUUGUGUAUGAUGCUUCAUGUUCUGAUCGGAAAACAGGUGUUUCGUUGAAUGAUUGCCUUCAUGUGGGACCCCCACUUACCCCUUUGAUGUUUGACAUGCUUAUUAGAUUCCGUGAAAAGCCCAUUGUUUUAGUAGGGGAUAUUGAGAAGGCAUUUUUGAACAUAGAGGUAGAUCUCACUGAUUGUGAUGUCCUACGCUUUCUAUGGAUAAAGGAUAUUAAUGCAGAGAAUCCAGAAAUUGUCACCUACAGGUUUAACAGGGUUGUUUUUGGAGUGAAUUCGUCACCAUUUUUGUUAAAUGCUGUACUCCAAUUUCACAUAAAUAGGUACAGGGAAAUAGACCCUAAAUUUGGCGAAUGUAUGUCUAAGGGAUUCUUUGUAGAUGACCUUGUAACUACACACACUGACGUAAAUGAAGCCUUUUCGCUCUUUAUGAAAGCCAAGGAAAGAAUGAGCGAAGGUGGUUUCAAGCUCAGAAAGUGGAAAACGAAUGAUAGGUCACUUGCUUAUAAGAUUAAUGAAGAUGAGAUAGAAAGUAAGACAGGAACUAAGUUGGCCAGAAAUGAAGACAGUUCUAAAACUAAAGUUUUAGGUUUAGCAUGGGAUAAGGAUCAAGACUUACUUGAAUUUAAUCUUGACAAGGUUGCAGAAGGUGAAGGACAGGUUACCAAGAGGUAUAUAUUGAGUAGAAUAGCUGCUUUAUUUGAUCCCUUAGGUUUGAUCAGCCCAGUCACAGUGACAGCCAAAGUCCUUUUCCAGGAUUUAUGUCUUGAAAAGUUAGGAUGGGAUGACCCUUUACCUAAGGACAAGCUUUUAAGAUGGGAGAAGUGGUUGAAAGGUCUCAAAGACAUACAGGUCAUUACAACCCCACGGUGUAUGCUAGAUGGUUUAGAAGGUCAAAUCCUUAAGACAAGUUUGCACGGGUUUGGUGAUGCAAGUAAAAAGGCAUAUUGUGCUACUGUAUAUCUUGUGUGUGAGACAACGGAAGGCAUCUAUUCUAAACUCAUUAGUUCUAAGACAAGGAUAGCACCCCUUAAAAGUUUAACAAUUCCCAGGUUAGAACUGAUGGCUGCUAGAAUUCUGGUUAACCUAAUUGACACUGUUAAAAAUGCACUUAGUUCAGAUACCAAAAUUGAUGAGGUUAAGUACUGGACAGACAGUAUCGCUGUGUUGUAUUGGAUUCAAAAUAAGUGUGAUUGGAAGCCCUUUGUGCAACACAGGGUAAACGAAAUCCUUACGCAAUCUAGGAAGGAAGACUGGGGUCAUGUUGUAGGGCUUGAAAACCCAGCGGACAUAGGGUCAAGGGGAGCCUCUCCGAGUCAGCUUGUUGGAAAUAAUUUAUGGUGGGGAGGUCCUAAUUGGCUAAAGGGAGGAAAAGAAAGUUGGCCUCAGGCUCUUCCUGUAGAAGAAUCUAUUGAAGUAAAGGAGGAAAUGAAAGGGCAGGUUGUUUUAACAUCCACAGUAGAAUCUAUUAACACAGUUGGCUCAGUUAUUGAUAUUAACAGACAUAGUUCUUUGGGCAAACUACUUAGAGUUACUGCCUUUGUAAAGAGAUUUAUUUCAAAUUUAAAGAAAAAGAAAGAGGGGGCAGUAGUUAUCACAGAGAAUUUGGAUGCAGAAGAUAUUCAGAAUGCUGAGAAAGAAUGGAUUAAGGAUGCUCAAGUUUAUUUGAUGGGACAGUCUGAGUAUCUCAAGUAUAAAGAACAAUUGGGUGUAGUAAGUAAUGGGGAGUUUUUGGUAUGCCAGGGGAGAAUGGAAUUUUCUGAUUUAGUUGAAACAGCUAAGAAACCUAUUUUGUUACCCAAAGGGCACAAAUUUACUGAUUUUGUCAUUUCUGAUUGUCAUGAAAGGGUCCAUCAUUGUAAAGAGAAGUCUACACUUGCAGAGCUACGUACAAGGUUUUGGAUCCCUAAAGGUAGACAGUAUGUAAAAAGGGUAAUCAGAAAUUGCUUUAUCUGUAAAAGGUUGGAAGGUAGGCCAUUCAAUGCACCUCAAAUUGCUCCAUUGCCCAGCUUUAGGGUUACAGAGGCCCCACCCUUUAGCAGAAUUGGGGUUGAUUUUGCUGGUCCUUUGUUUUGCAAGACUUCAAAUAACAAGACCAUGAAGGUAUACAUUGUCUUGUAUACAUGUUGUGUAACACGCGCCAUUCACUUGGAUUUGGUACAUAGUCUAGAUGCAUUAACUUUUUUAAACUCUUUCAGGCGUUUUACUUCAAGGCGAGGUACACCAACUUUAGUUGUAUCAGACAAUGCAAAGAACUUUAAAGCUACCGCCUCAUUGUUGAGAAAAUUUUUUAUGAGUGACAGUGUAACUAACUUUAUGAGAUCAAGAAGAAUCUCAUGGAGAUUUAAUCUCCCAAGGUGCCCCUGGGCAGGGGGUAUGUUCGAGCGGAUGGUACAAAGUGUAAAAAGGUGUUUAAGAAAGGUCUUAGGAAAUGCAAGACUAACUUCUGAAGAGCUGCAUACAGUUAUUGUUGAGAUUGAAUGUACUCUCAAUUCCAGGCCACUCACUUACCAAUAUGAAACUGAGGAAGUGUUAACCCCAUCACAUUUAUUGUAUGGACAUAGGUUGUCACCUUUUGCCUUGCAAAUGUCUUUAGACAUUCCUAACUCUGAAAUUAAUAAUUCUAAACUAAUUAAACGGUUUUUAUUUCUGCAGAAGAAGCUUGCCCAUUUUUGGAAUCGAUGGAAAUCAGAGUAUCUUGCUGACUUAAGAGAACAGCAUAAGCUGAGCAAGACUUAUUCAAACUCUAUUUCAGAGGGUGAUUUUGUUCUAGUGCAGGAUGAGCAGACAAAGCGUGGACAAUGGAAAAUGGGAAUCAUUCAGAGUUUUAUUAAAGGCAGAGAUGGAAACAUUAGAGGGGUAAACAUUCGUAUGAGUGGUAAGGGUAAGUCACACCUUUGUACAAGACCUUUACAAAAAGUUUUUCCUUUGGAAAUCUCAUGUAGCAAGGAUACUGACAAAAAAGAGGGUAAAGCUGAGAACAAGGAUGUGGACAAAGAAGUGAGAGAGGAAGGUACUGAAGGAAAUGUGGCUGAAGAGAAUAUUGAUUUGGAGAAUGUGAGAAAUCGGGGGGUAUACCCUAAACGUGCUGCAGCCAGGGAUGCACAGUGGAAGACAAGACUUAUGCUUGAUCAGUGGUGAUCAAGGAGGGGGGUGUGUCGGAGAACCUUCCACUGCGCAGCAUUUUCCCACAUGUUUUCUUUAGAAAUUUUGUAAAUAUAUAAGGUAUUGUUUAUGUGUCAUUAAUUACAGUUCUGUUUCUCUAGUUUUCGCAGCCAACACAAUCGUUGCUGAGGUAAUGUGUAAACGUGUUGAGCUAAUUGCCAUAUGACUAAUCCCAUUAACCUUAUUCUUAUUCCUGAUUGGUUGUUUAGGUGUAAUUUACUUAAUCCAAAGUUGUUAAUCAGUUGGAUUUGUUGUUGAUCGUAGUUGGUUGUUGAGUUGAUGUAGGAAAGAAUGCACGGUUUUAUCGAUUGAUAAUCUUACGGUUUACCCAGCCUGUUUAUUGAGUUUUUCUCUCAUUACGUGAUAAAGAAUCAAAGAAUGCAUGGGGUGGGAUUCACCUCAAGUAGCAAGGCGUUUAUCAAAAACAACGUGAAUGCUGAUGGAGGGGGGCGGUGUGCAAAAUACACGACUGGGCUCCAUAUGUUAUAAAGGGGAAGCCCCUUAGUCAACAGCAUCCGUGUCCGGAGCUGCCUUUCCUAACCCCUUACAAUAAAGAGCUCGUACUUCUACCUCGUGAAUUACCGCAGAUAUGUCCAUUGUUUGUAUUUUUGUUUCCAACUUUAAAGCCAAAGAACGUUUUCGGUUCCCCCAUCUUCCUUCCACUGUUAAAAUCGGGACUGUUCAGAAAUGCUAAAUUGUCAAACCGUUUCCACAAGGUGUAAAACGCAUCUUCAACAUUUAAACCAGUUUUUGCUGAAACCUCCAUGAAAGGGGCUUUUGCUUCAACAGCCAAUUGAAGUCCUUUUUCGAAUGAAACUUUCCUGUCUUCCACUUUAUCAGCUUUGUUUCCAACAAUCACGAUCGGAAUUCGCUCGCCAUCCUUGAUUUGACACACCUCAUUUACUAGUCUAUGUGCACACUCGAAAGACUUUUCAGAAUCUACUGAGUACACGAUUAAAAACGCAUCAGCACUUGAUAUCGUCACGCGAUGCA